AAAACCAAUGUGGCCUGGAGUAAACGGAUACUACACUUGCUCAAGGGCUGGCCGAAAGAAAAAUAUGGCAAUCAAAAUAGCCCUAAAGCCCCCACGAUAAAACGUUAAAGUAUGUGCUAAUGCACAUGAGAUCUUGUAGCAAGGCAAACUGUGGGCGAGUCGGUGCUCGGUUCCCCCCCGAUGUGAGAGGAGUGGAAACAACAAAGGCACCCACCCCCCAACCCCCACCCUGCAGUAGUAGAACUCUAAUAUCGGCACCCAUAAGCAGCUGGCAGGCCGCCUCCUGAAAUUUUAGCGCGCACGGAUGCGGAGGAAAGGUUUAAUGGGCAUUGGUGGACGUGCCCCCCUCGCGAGGGCGUCAAGACAGCAGAGCUGGAGAGGGAGGAUGAAGAGGUGAAGCCGAGCGGAAGAGAGGUUCUGCUUUCGCUUCACAAAUAAAGUCGGGCAACCGUGGGCGGCAGCAUGACUCCUCGAGCACAUGGACUCUAUGUGACUCUCUGCUUUUACUAUGGUUUGGCCCAAUCAUCUUUCCUGGACAGCUUUACUUCAUUCCCAGAAGCACUGGCCCCCCGGGAGCAGCAGAGGAGGUUGAACCCGUGCUGCUUAGUGAGUCCCCCGCCGCCCCCGCUCUUCCCUCCACCUCCUUCGCUUUGGCGCCGCCACGCUCAUGAUGGUAAUUCAGAGUCUCCACCUGAAGGUAAAGGUUCCCCAUGUGCCCGCGGCCCCCCAGGGCCCAUGGGACCCCCAGGGCCUCAGGGCCCACCAGGAUUACCCGGGAUCGGAGGAUCCAAGGGAGAAAAGGGAGAAAUCGGAAGACCUGGACAAAAGGGUCGGACUGGUCUCCCUGGACCUCCAGGAAGGCAGGGACCAGUUGGAUGGCCAGGACCAAGUGGGCCCAAAGGAGAGAAAGGUGAUGCGGGACUGAUGGGUCUGCCUGGCGGCAGAGGACCAAUGGGACCCAGGGGUUUACCUGGAUAUAAAGGUGAAAAGGGUUCCGGAGGGGAACACGGCGAGAGAGGCUCCAAAGGCGACAAGGGGGCAAUGGGUUUCCCUGGGAUGCUUGGACAGAAAGGAGAAAUGGGUCCAAAAGGAGAACCCGGCGUUUCAGGAAACAGAGGACCCACUGGUCGACCAGGCAAGAGAGGCAAACAGGGAAUGAAAGGAGACUCGGGCAGUGGCGGUCCAAGGGGACCCGCGGGUCCACAGGGAUCUCCCGGACUUCCCGGACCUCCUGGUCCGCCUGUCACAGCACUUCACAUGGUCGGAGUCAAAGGUGCCCGCGGGCCGCCCGGCCAGCCCGGACAGUGUAGCUGCAGCCCUCCUCGUGGUUCUCUGUUAGAAGAUUCUCACUCCCGAAGAAAGGCUCAGAGUCUCAAAGUACCCGCGAUCUUUGUGGUGAGCAACGAGGAGGAGCUGGAGCGCCUUCAGACAGAGAAUGCGUUCGCAUUCCGCAAAGAUCAUAGAGCUCUCUAUUUCAAAGACGCCGACGGAUGGUUUCCUGUUCAGAUGACGGCCUUCCAGUCUAUGGAGAACCCGCCUGAUGAGGACGGUUACUGCGGCGACGGCGUCGUGCAGCGCAAGGCUAGCGAGGAAUGUGACGACGGCAACAAAGUUGUCACCGACGGCUGCGUCAAGUGUAAACUUGCCUUCUGCGGCGACGGCUACCGCCAUGAUGGCGCUGAGGAGUGCGACGGCAAAGACUUUGGCUACCAGACGUGUCAUACUUACCUGCCGGGGUCAUACGGUCACCUGAAGUGCACGCCGUACUGCGCUAUCGAUUCCACUAACUGCAAGUACUUCACCUGACUGAGAAAGCCGGACGUCGAUUUCCGCGGGACACAAACUGGGAAUAUAAAGUCAUUUUCAUGCCAAAUAACAGAACAAACAAGCAAAGACGGACGGGGAAGACGCAGCAGACCAAGCGAAGUCAAGCAUAUACUGUAGAUAACUCCCGUGUACUGCUGCCGUGUUGAAUCCCUCGGAGCGUCGCUAUAUACUCUACGCGGAGGGGACACCUUUCACCUGCGCGUCGGAAACAGCGGGACAGCUGCGCUCCGUCUUAACCGGCUGGAUUUAAGCCCGAGCACGCCUCGAUGGACACAAAUGCGUCUGGCAACAGAUGCCCGCCGGCCGUGCUGAGAGACUUUGCCGGGGGACGUCACAAUCGUUACCCAGUUACCGUAAUUUCCGGCCUACAAGCCGCGACUUUUGUUAGACGCUUCCACCCCUGCGGUUUAUGCCGUGACGCGGUUAAUUUGCGCAUUUUUUCUAAGGGACCCAAAGGGGGGCACUCGAGCGGAAAAGGUAAGAAUGAGAGCGGUGGAAUGUAUGUGCCGAGGAAGUGACUUUGGCCGGCCCUGUUAGUGCUGCGCUAGCGUGGUCCUGCUGUGUUACUGGCGUGUCUCACUAAUAUUUACCGGUAAGUUCUAUUUUAACUGGUCCUGUUAGCGUUAGCGUCACGCGAGCGUUAGCGUCACACGAGCGUUAGCGUCACGCGAGCGU